AGGGAGGAGAGCAGAGACAAGCGAGAGCGAGAGAGAGAGACGAAAGAAAAGGAGAGCGAGUAGCCGGAUCCACGUCUGCCUUGGCCAAGUAUUUCUCGCCAUGUCUUCAAAUUUCUUCCGAGGAACCACGGCAGAACAAGAUAGUCGUUGGGGCGAUGCAGAGAAGAAGCUUCUGCGCCGAACGAAGUUUAGCAAAGUGUUGGAACAGAAGGUCAACAUGAAGAAGGUCAAUAUGGACGUGAUGCAGCGAUGGAUCGCGCAGCGGAUAACGUCGCUGCUCGGAUUUGAGGACGACAUUGUGGUGGGCACAUGCAUCAACUACCUGUCGGAGGAGGGGAAGCUGGACCCGAAGAAGCUACAGCUGCAGCUCACAGGAUUCCUGGAGAAGUCCACUGGGAUGUUCAUGGAAGAGCUUUGGGGACUCUUGGUGGACGCUCAAAGUAGCCUAGGGGGGAUUCCGUCAGCAUUUCUUCAGGACAAGAAACAAGAACUACUCCAACAGAAGGAACAGGAGGCCAAGCAAGAAGAGGAGCUACGCAGGAGGAUGGUGGAACAUCAGCAGGAGCUGGAACGGACCGCCGCGUUAGCACAGGCACAUGCACCAACGGAGCAAGAUGCUAGCUCGAGCGCUGCGCCAAUCCUGACUCGCCCGGGCAAAAGGCGCGCGAGCCGUUGGGGUGUUUCUCAAGUCAGUGUCGCGACAACAUCAGACGCGACGACCCCAGAUGCGGAAAAAGUCGUUGUCCCAGGCACUGAUGCUCCUGCUGCCGUUGGUGGCGACUCUGAAAUGGUGAGGUUAAACUUGGUUGGUGCUCGCACGGCGAGUUGGCUUUUGAGUCCCUCCACCAAACGAAAACGAAAACAUCAUCGAUCGAUGAUGCGUUUGGCAUGCACCCCUUGUCGUUGUCCAACCGCGGGUGACAAUUCAGCAUUUUUUUGGGAAUCCUAG